AUGGCCAUCGGCUUCCUCCUGAGCUUGCUGAGCUUCAUGAGGACCUUUCUUGCCGUGGCCGUUGGCUGGCUUCACAGGCCUCAAGCCCAGAAGAUCGCGCUUCGGAAUCAAAUUGGGCCGCUUUGGCGUCCUGAGCCGAUUGGGUGCCAUACCUCAGCCGGACAAAGGCUCAUAUGCUCGAACCUGCCCAAGCGUCAACUGUGCGGCUUCCUGGACAUCGCUGAACGACCUUGCGCAACUCACCACGGUUGCACCUGCCGACCAUGGGAGGAGCUCGAAGACAUAGUCAGAUACUCCCACCUGAGCGAGGAUCUUGACUGUCUGGAGCCACCUGUCCAUGGUAGGAGGACUUCAACCGAAAGCCGUCUACGGAGGAGCUGCGAAGAUAACAACUCCUUCGAGGCCAAGAAGUACCGACGAGCCCUGGCGCUGGCACCUGCGGCGUUGACAUCCAAUCCUUGGACGGGCUGCUUUCUGGUCGACAUGGAAGUUCCGGGCAGCCAUCUCCAAGCUGGCCCAGCCGAGCCAUCCUCGACUCGAUCCUUGACCCCUAGAAGUUCAAUGCGAGGUCCGGGCUCUCUUAGCUGUCAUCGCCUUGGUAUCCUCAAGUUGGUUAACAUGUUCACCAGCCAGGCGUUUGGAUUUCUUCACCUGGCCGCGGAGAGUGCCAAAGGAGGUCAGAGUCAUGGAAAUCUGAGUUCUCCAACUUUGACCAGCACAGCAGAGGUCGGUAUACCUCUGCCGCUUCACAGCCUCCAAACGCUUCAGAGGUGA